CGUCUCUUUUUUAAAAAAUAAAAAAUAAAAAUAAAUUAAUAUUAAAAUAUGAUUCCCUAGUCAGUAUUCAGUGUUCUUCUUCUAUAAAAUGUACCCUCCGCUUCUUUCCAGAUCCCUUCCUCUUCUCCUUCAUUUAUUUUCAUUUUGAUUUUGAUUUUGAUUUUCUCUCUGUUGUUUGGAUUUUCUUGUAGUCUAGAUUCGUUUUUUCGUGGCUGUUUUGUACAGUGGUUGGGUUGGAAAUAUCUCGAGAUUUCUGGCCGUGCUUCUGCCAGGUGAAAAUUGUUAAAAUACAGGUGGAACUGGAGGCGAAAUCUUUUGAUGCUGCCUGCGAAAAUUGUGUUAGAUGCUCGGGAUUCAUGUAUACUGUACUGAGUGAAAUCCUUCGGUUCGGUUUUGUGAUCGGUUCUUCUCUCCGGCGCGGGACGCAUCUCGUUCAAUCGUUAUCUGUUGUUUUUCUCUACUGGUUCUACGUGUUUUCGUAAUUAUUUUUCCCCGAUUUGUGAGUACUAAUUGUUUCUGUACUGUUGUUGGAUCGAUCUGAGAAAAAUUAGAGUUAAUUUGUGCAAUCCGGUGACUGAUUUGUUGGAAAUACGUUGAGAUGUCUUAUUCCGCCGGGAAUUCAUCGAGUUCACCGCCGAUCCAGAGCUCUGGUUCGGACGAAGAUCCGCGCGUGGAUGAGAGGAAGCGAAAGAGGAUGGAAUCGAACCGCGAAUCGGCGCGGCGGUCCAGGCAGAGGAAGCAGAAGCAUCUGGAUGAGCUGGCGGCUCAGGUGACGCAGCUGAAGCAGGAGAACGGUCAGAUCUCGAACACCAUAAAUCUCACCACACAGCAGUAUGCGAAAGUGGAGUCAGACAACUCCGUGUUGAGAGCACAGAUGACAGAGCUUUCGCAGAGGCUUCAAUCUCUCAACGAUAUCUUGAAUUACAUCAACUCCUCCGCCUCCUCCGCCGCUGCCGCCGGAAACUGUAUGCUGGAGGUGGAGGACUUUCAGCUUCAAGGAUUUGGCGACGGCUUCUGGAACAGCAACCCUUGGAACUCCACGGGGAUCAAUCAACAUCCUAUCAUGGCUUCUGCUGAGAUGUUUAUGGAUUACUGAUUGAAGAAGCUGCCAAGUUUCGGAUCCAAAAACGGUCACAACUUUUUCCUUUGUUCUGUUCAUCUUCAUCCUUGUGGUUUAUGUUAUCUUCAGAAUUUGGAAAACCUUUUAAUCACAUUAAUAUGCUUACAUUUUCUGCAAUUUAAGCAUGUUCUUAACAA